AUGAAUGGAGAAGAAAUCACACCUCAGGUCUCUGCCGAAGGGGGUGCACCGUUAGGAAAUUCAAGAAAAAAGGCCAAAUCCGGGUUACUGGACAAGGGGAAGGAGUCAAGGGAAGCAGGGGCCAAUCAGCUGCUGCCACGCACCCCUCCAUUGAAGCAACAGGGUCGGAAGGUGAAGGAGGGAGGAACCAGUCUGGAUGAGCAACUCAGGGACCAGUCAGAAGGUGCCAGGUGUCCGCCUAGUGAGGUGCUGUGUAGGGCGACUAGAAGCAGCAGCAGCCAUCACCCUAAGGCUGGGGUCGUUGGUGCUGUGAAGCAGAGUGAGAGGGGGAGUGAGAGAGUGAGUGAGAAGGAGAGUGUGAGAGUGCGAGUGAGUGAAAGGGAGAGUGAGCAGCAGCGGUUUGAGACUCCUCAGAAAAGAAGGGUGACUAGAGCAGGAAGCAAGGCAGGGGUAGAUGGCACAGCAGGAACAACAGGCAAUUCAGGUGCAGUCAAAGCAGGGGCGGGCAGCAGAACAGGAGCAAAGCAAAAUAGACCGCUGUCUUUUGAAGAGAGUCACGGAGUGGGGGGGGUGGACGGAAGUGGAAAAGUGGCCGGUAGACUAAGUCCCAACAGACGCUUGGAUGUGGAUAGAUUACUGGAUGUGACCCCCUCAAGCCAGGUGAAAAAUCAGGUGAAAAGCCAGGUGGAACCACAGGUGUCAGAUAAGUCUGAAAGAGUAGGCAAGGCUGAGGCAGUCUGUGAGGAGAAAACGGAUCGUGGUGCUGAUGAAUGGAUAGGGGCUGCUUCGGAUGAAGUUCCGGGUGCUGCUGAUACGAAGGGGAGUGCUGCUGAAAAGCUGAGUGCCGCUGAUAAGGAGCUGACGAAGCAGACAAAAUCACAGGUUGUAGCAGAGCGUGAGGUGCGGGAAUCGACGAAGCUGCAGCAUAGGUUGUGUGACGAGAGGAAUGGGCCUGAAGGCAGACGCCACGGUGAAGCGGGGUGUAGUCCGGUGGAGAACGGGGGAGCGAAGCACAGUGCAAAAUCAGCAUCAGCAUCAGCAUCAGCAGCAGCAGCAGUAGGAGGGAAAGGCAUAGAUUCAGCUGCCGCACUGGCGUUUCAAAGGGCGUGUGAGCGAGCAGAGCUUAUGGGAAUGCCCCCACCCACCUGCAGCCUUACCCCCAAUCCCCUCCUCACACCAUCCGCAUCCUCAUGUAGGGAUAAACCGGCUAGGAGGCAGCAGGCGUGGCGGGAGGGGGGUUGUGAGAAGCCUCAGGAGCGUUCUGUGCUGAAGGUCGAAGGCCUUAGGGAGCAACUUUGGCGGGAGGAGUGGGAUGAGGAGGAGAUUGAGAUGGGUUUGAGGGUGAACGGUGGGGAGGAGGGCGGGGAAGGGAGAGGGGAGGGGAGAGAAGAGGACGGAGCAGAGGAGGGAAUUGGGCAGGAGGAGAAGGAAAAGAGGGGUGGGAAGAAAAGGGAUGGGCAGGAGCAGGAGAAGGGAAAGAAAGAGGAGGAGAAGCAGGAAGGGAAGAGAAGGUUGAAAAAGGGGGUGGAGGGAGAGGGCUGUGAGGCAAGGGGAGGGGAGGAGGAGGGUGGGGAGGAGUGCGAUGAGACGUUGGAUGAGUAUGGUGAUAGCUGCAAGCGGUGCCACGAACAAGGCAUGCAACGCCACAUACCACCUGCACUGCCUGCACCCUCCCUUGCCGCUGAUCCUCUGUACUUUCUUUCCUGCUCCUGUCCUCCUUCUCCCCCCUCUCCCUCAGUUGCUGCUGUGACGGCAAGGCAUGCAGCGCCACAUACCACCUGCACUGUUUGCACCCUCCAAUGCCUUUGGCCCCUUGCACACUUGGCUCUUCCCCUCCCCCUCUUUCCCCUCCCUCUCCCCAUUUUCCCCCUCUCCCCCCCCCUCACCAGUUGCUGUGACGGCAAGGCAUGCAGCGCCACAUACCACCUGCACUGCUUGGACCCUCCCUUGGACGACGUCCCCCCUGGCCUCUGGUUCUGCCCUGACUGCACCCAUAAACUCUUCCCUCUGGGAGCGAUUUCUCAGGCGCACUAA